AUGGCGUCGCCACAAGAAUCCAAACCCUUGUGCUUGAAGCGCAAGCUUGUCGACAACUGCCUGUCAAAAGAGUGCAAGUCUCGUCGAGUCGUGGUUGACAAUGGACCCUCUGAUCCAUCUGCUAAACGGUGCAAGUGCUGUUGCACGCGACCUAAUCUUGCCAGUGAUUGCGUCAAUUACCUGAAAAGUGGAGUUCCCAGCCGUAUCGUGUUUUAUAAACAAGAUUCUUGGCACAAUUUUCCUGAGCAAAUAAUGAAGUCCCUGAUUGAAGGAUUUAAAGGCGGCAAAUCUAGCGUUGUGGCUGUGAUGGAUGAUGAGCCUGUUCUUGUUGAUUUCUUGUCAAUGAGUCUUGUCAACCUACAAACAAGAAAACAGCAAUCUGUUGCAUGGUACGAUGAUACUGGAAAGGGCUUUUUUCCUUCUCUGUUCUUUGACGAGGAAGGUGAUGAAACGGCCAAUUUGGACUCUAGUAAUGUUGAGGAUGGUGCACAGGGAAUAAUGCUGGAUAAGGCUGUAAGUUCUCCAGAGGAAGUGGUGAAGCAAGUUGUUCUUGAAUCUGGCCCUCCGGGGCCACAUAAGCCUUCCACUGCAGACAUAUUACGUAAAAAGAUCACAUCUGUGGAAAGAGGAAGCGAAGACUUUUUGCUUGUUCAGGACCUUUUUCUCUCUGGUAUGGGUCCGUUUGCAACACCGAAUAACAUACUUCAUAUCCACCGCUACUCCCCGAAUGAUAUCACUGCUCAGUGUCGACUUCAAGCUUUUGAAAAACAAAUGAGCUGCACCAAAGAAGAUCGUGGUGAUUCAAAUGUAAGAUAUGGAUGGCUGGGUUCUACGAAGAGUGACAUAGUUAGGAUUCUAAUUAAUGGGUUUGGUAACACCGGAAAACCUGCUGAGAAGGCAUGCUUGAGCGCUGGUGUUUAUCUUUCACCAGAAGAUCGCGCCUUUACCAGUGUCGGUCUUUGUGAUGUUGACGAAAAAGCGGUGCAGUAUAUGUUAUUGUGCCGAGUGAUAUUGGGCAACAUGGAAGCUAUCACGCCUGGAUCACAAGAUUCUUUUCCAAGCAGCGAAAUAUAUGAUUCCGGAGUUGAUGAUUGCUCCAACCCAAAGUGUUAUGUUAUGUGGCCAUCCCAUCUUAACACUCACAUCCGUUUAGAAUAUCUUGUUAGUUUCAGACUUUCACCAAAAGUUCGAAAUUAUUUACUUGGCUUGAAGGGUUUAUGGUUUCACCCAUCACCAAAGGAAGUUGCUAUGGAUAUUUCUACUCUUCAACCUAUAAUGGGUGAAACUGGUGAAGCACCAACAUCCCCAUGGAUAUCCUUCAGAGUUCUGUUUGCAAUGAUCCAAGACAAUAUAUCAUCUGUAGCAAAGGAACUGCUCUUCCAUCAUUAUGAAGAGCUGAAGGAAAACGAAAUAAGUCGUGAAGAAAUGGUGAAGAAGAUGAUAAUAAUAGUCGGAGAAAAGUUACUUUUGGAAACUUUAAAGAAACUCCAUUACUGUCCAUCACUAUGGCAUAAAUCUUCUGUCGAAGUGAUGUCCAGUGAUCCUGCAAGGGUAGCAGCAGAAGAUCCUGCAAGGACAACAGAAGAACACAUAUCCUUGGAUAAAACAACUGGGCAUUGUGCACUAACUCUUGGUAACCUUGGCGAUUCCUGUGGACCAAAUACAUUGGCUGAAAGUUCCACAGCUCUUAGCACCAAAGGAUGUGAUACUCUUGCAGUAGCUACGGUGCCCAAAAGCCAUGAUUCUGUCGCACCAAGCAGUGUGCCUGAAUCAUCUACUUCUUCUGGUGCCAUAUGCCUAGCUUCCCCAAGUGUGAAACCCAAAAGUAGGGAUUCUCCUAUAAGAAUAAUGUCACCUGAAAGCUCUGCAAAUCAUGGUGCCAAAAAUCAGGAUCCUUCUGCAGUUAGAAUGGCACCUCUUCAUGACGUCCUUCUGAGGACAGCUUCUGGAAAAUCUGCAUCUCAUGGUGCGGAAGGUAGCAAUGGUGUUGCACCAAGUAUGAGACCUCAUGGUUAUGCUUAUCCAGCACCAACUAAUGCCUCAAAAGGCCGUGGGAUUGGUGCUCCAGGACUCAGUCUGAAGGGCUCUGAAUGUCCUGGGCCAGUUUUGGCACUGGGAAGCACCAAAUUCAGAGGGAUGAAAAGUCCCAGCUCUGUGCCAAGAAUGACACCUGAAGGCCCGGAAUUUCUUUCACUGAGUAUUGCGCCACAAAGCCAAGUAAUUUACCCAACUAAGUGCCAUGGUGGUGAUUUGAGUUCUUGUGCCGCACCUCCAGCUCAUGUGCCAGGACAUGUGAACUCUUCAGCUUUGAGCGCAGAAGGCUGCGAUUCUCUAGCACUGAGCAUCGCGCCAAACUGCCAUGAUCCUCCAGCAUCAAGCAACAACGAGCCAGCGUUCCCUGGGGCUCCAACAACACAUACAGCAUCUGAAGGCGAGCACUCUCAGGCGCCGAGUGCAGCCACCAUGGGUUAUACUGCUCCUGCACCGACAACCGGGGAGGCUGUACAAUUUGGACCCUGCAAUAAGCCAUCGGCGCCCAUCCCUGAGCCCGGCAGCAACGUCGCUCAGGCGGCUGACAUCCUCGUCGCCCUAUCAACUCCGCGAGAGAAGGGCAAGUAG